AAUAUACGUAUGUAGUUUUAGAGAUACAUAUUUGUAUGUGUGUGUAUCUGAUAAUGAAACUCAAUUCACAAUAAUUUGUUUAAUAAUCAUCGUUAUCAUUUAGUGACACAGUUUGUUGUGUAGCUUGUCUAAGUUUAUUGUUAUUUUUGUAUUAACUGAGAACUCUAAACCGUGUUAGAUAUAUGUUGCAUCUGUGCAUAUAUACAGUGUCGCGUAUCGAGCGCACGCACGUAGUACGGAACAGAACCGAGUCAAUCGGCGAGAUCAUGUUUGUUCACCGGGUCCGUCGGUUCACGUCAAAAACGUGCGCAUCGCGGCGCUGAACCACGUAAAACGCGCCCACGGACGCUCUCUCAGGCUUCUCUCCGGACCAGUGGUCAAUGUCCGUGAAUCGCGCGUGUCGUUUCGUGUCAUUUUUCAAUGAUUCGAAGUGAACCCCCCGUUUUGGGUGUAAACAAAAUGAUUUAAAACAUCGUUCGAGGAUCUGACGAAAAAAAAAAACAAUUCCCGCUGUUCUCCCGUUGGUCGUUCGAGCACCCGAACAGCGCUCGUCGUCAUGUGGAAGUGUCACAAAUGUGGAAAACCCGUUUAUUUCGCUGAACGCAAACAGUCCCUGGGAUACGAUUGGCAUCCAGAAUGUUUGCGAUGCGAGGAGUGCGGGAAGCGAUUAAAUCCAGGACAGCACGCAGAGCACAAAGGCGUGCCUUAUUGUCACGUCCCUUGUUACGGAGCGCUAUUUGGACCUCAACUGUUCGGCCAUGGCACGAGAGUAGAGUCCCAUACAAGUUUUGGGAAAAAAGAAAAUCGAUCGUCGCUACCAAGAUCGCACUUGGAAUCGAAACUGAAGGUUUUCAACCAGUAUUACGAGGGCAAAAGCGGAGGAAUUCGAAGUCGUGAGGUCAACGGACGACUGAUACUAGAAGGCGCGUUAAGAAUUUAUUGGGGAGUUCGCGGUGUUAUUCAUCUGAAGGAGGAUGACGAUCAACGCACGGUGGUUACCGCGCGGAACAGAAAUUCGUGCAGACGCAGCGUUUCUGAGGAUAUUGAGGACGAGGACAAAGUGGACGAUGAGUUGCACGCCAAAAGCGCAUCGGACAACAACGCGGAAACUAACGCGAAGUCUCCAACGUCACCCGAUCACUUGAAGAGUCUCACCUUGCCCAUGAAACUGGACGUCAAGAAUAUGGAGUGGGACGAGCUGGAUGAGCUUCUACAGGUGGAACGAAAGGUCGAGGACGGUAACAAGUUGUAUCAGACGAUGCCCGAGAAUCUUCCGUCUAUGAGUUCGCAAUCCAGCGUUGGCGACACGCCGCCGCUCUCGUCCCAAUCGAGUCUCGACCGGUCGGAUUCUCGCGACAACUCGGAAACCAGCAGUCCCAAUCACCAGACCACCAGCCGGGACGACAGCAGCUUACACAGCACGCCGACGCACAGCAUAGGUAGUUCUUCCAGUACAGACACGCCUGUCUACAAUUUAGGAGCUUCUAAUCGAAAUGGCACGCUUCGAAGAGUAGAAUACUUCGACAAUCUGGACAAAAACUCGGUCGGGAACAGGUCGAUCAGCACCGACGACAGCUGGAUCGAGAAGGGUCUGAACCGAUCGCUGUCCGGUCCUGACUGUCUCCAGAGACACAGAACCGACAGCGACACGGACUCGGUCAAUUCUCUGCAGUUCAGGGAGGACGACAACAUGACGAUGUCCACGGACAGCGGAUUAGAGCUGGAUGGCGUCGUUCUGCGUCGCAAGCAAGGUUCAACCGCGAUCAGACGACGUCCGGGAGGCAGGCGUCAAUCGCGAAGUCGAUUGCGACGUCGUUGCUCUAUCAACGGUCACUUUUACAAUCGAGAGACCAGUUUCUUCACGCCGCCGCACGGCUCGCAGAUGUCGGUUUGGGUGACGAGUCUGGUUAACACUCAGGAGGUCAUUAAUCUCAUGCUGGACAAAUACAAAGUCGACGCGAAGUCCGACAACUUCGCGUUGUUCGUAGUGCGCGACAAUGGUGAACAAAGGAGACUGAGAGACGACGAGUAUCCCUUGGAGGUCAGAGUGGUUUUGGGUCCGCACGAGAACAUUGCGCGUUUGUUUUUGGUCGACAAACUGUCCACGCCCGAGAUCAGUUCGGACGUCGCGCAAUUCCUCAAUCUGUCCCUAGCGGAGUGCCAGGGCAUACUGCAGCGCUACCACUACGAAGAGGAGCGUCAGAUUCUUCUCUUGAAAGAGAAGUACAAGGAGAUGCGAAGAAGAAUAAAGCAGAGAAUGGAGGAGCUGAAGGUCCGAUUGUAGGUAGAAACGUAAAUGCAUCCCCACGCGCGAGUAUUUUUAUAAGAAAAUUAAAGAAGAAAAAAUUGAGCUUUUUUUUUAAAAAAAAAUAAGAAACUAUCUCCAUACGUGGUAAGAAUCUCUAUAAUACAUACCGUAUGUAUAUAACAAGAUAUAUUUGAGUAUGUGUUGCAUCUACCAUGACACAAUUAUGGCAUAGUAUCUUUGAGAACAAUACAAUAUAUAUGUAUCUUACACACAUAUAUAUAUACGUAUUGUGCGCGCGACACACGUCCGCGUUUUAGCGCAUUACUCGUAGUUUAACAUAAUUCAUUGUUACGUUCUGCAAUUUGUAUCUCUCCAUUUUCUGAAUCUCUGUUGUCAUUUAUCUCAUGUUCGUUACGUGUGAAAUACGCCGUCAAAUUAGUGUGUUUUUAUACAAACAAGGAGAUGAAAUCUCUCUAUUAAGUCUAUAUUGUCUAUAUAAUAUUGUUGUGGCCUGUGUGUAAUUGCAACACAUUGAGUUGAAAACAGAUUUAAAAAGAAAGAAAAAAAAUAACGUGACUCUAGUAGCUUUUGUAAGAUAUAUAUAUAUAUAUAUAUUAAAUAAAAACUAAUUAAAAAAAAAGGAAAGUUAAUAAGAUUGAAAACAUGGUGCAUAAAUUAUAUAUAUAUAUAUAUAUAAAAAUAUAUUAGAUUUAUUAUCGCAAACUAUUAUCAAUUGACGCAAAUCGACUAAUUUUUAAUAAUAAAGCACAUUAUUAUUAUUAUAUUGCAAUAUAUAUAUAUAUAUUAUAUUACGAUAUCGUAUUAUAAUAUAAUCAAUUUUUCUGCGCACGAGAUACAAGUUCGAUUGUAGACUUUCGAAUGAUUGAAUUUAAUUAAAAUUUGUGCAAUUUACUUUGAAUAUUUUGCGUCCGACGUUUCAUGGCUCUUAUAUAUCGGCCGUAUUAUUUUUCUAUCGACGGUUUGAAACCAAAAGAGCCAUCGUACCAGUUUCUAUAUUUGUUACAUUAUAUAACGUAGUAGAUAUAUUUUAAGAUACUAUAUUACGAUGUAAGUAUCUCCUAUCGCGGCUCUUAAUUGCCUUAUUACCUUUUCUUUAAAUCGCAUAUUAAUUUUUCGUUUGUCAAAGAUCGAAAAAAUAUAUUAUGUGAUAGAAGUGAAACGUGUUAUCCUUGCGAUUUCGAUAUAUACAUAUAUAUUUUUUUUCGUUAAAUUGGAGUUGAAGGAAAAAUGCAUUUUUAAAUUGUCUCGCAACGCAGACGAGAUAUUAACAGAGUGGUUAUUUUGAUUACGUAAAGAGAAAAACCACCGCAGCGCAAUAAAGAUAUUAUCCGAUGUUUCUCUGCGCGUAACGCGCUGUGUAAUCUCGACGACGUUGUAUUGUGUUUAUCGAGCAAAUUUCCCGAGCAUUCCGACGUUCUCGAAGUGAUAGACAAAAAAAAAAAAAAAAAAAACUAUUUUUCUAUCGGUUUUUGAAAAAAAAAGAAAAAGAUCCGUUUAUCUCCAAUCGUUUGUCAAAUGGAAAGAGAGGAUCUCGAUCGAGAAUUUAAUAACAACUGUUGAGCCGUUUCAAAGUCUUCUAUAUUCCUCGCGUGUCAACGUGGCUCGCGAUUUGUAAGUGGAUAUAGGUACGCGCAUAUUAUACCGCAUUCAGGUGCGGCGCAAUUUGGGACGCUCUCUCUCUCUCUCUCUCUCUCCCCAUGGUCUCUCUCCGAGAGAGACCGGGGGAAUCAUUGUUGCGUACGCGAAACAAAUUGCAGAUGCAAAACAAAAUGUGUGUGCGGUACCGUACGCGGCAAUUAAUCGUCGGAAUAUUUGUAACGCGCGCCGCGGAUUCACGCGGAAUCGCCGUUUCAAGCUAGUCAUGUUUCACGCGCUUAGUCACACCGAUAUCGAUUCGCAACAUCUCCCAUUUUCAACCGUGGAACCAGAGAUCCGACGUACACACUACGAGCCACGUUUACACAUAUUACAAAAUAUAUAUAUAUAUAAUAUGUAUAUAUAUAUAUAUAUAUACGUAUCUGCCAGUUUGAAACAAUAAAUAACGCCGUACGCGGCGCGUUGACACAGAAAGAAAGAUAUUUAUAACACAACACAUUUUUGAGGAAUGUAUCUAAACUCUACAUACUUGCAUUUAGCGCCAAAUGUAACCAUCUCUCUAGAUUCUUAGGCAGCUUUCGCUAGCGCGGUAGGUAGGGAACAAAUGUAUAAUCUCUCCUCGUUACGUUUUAAGUCAGUAAAAAAACACAUUUGCAGAUUCGUUGCGCGGCAACGUUAGACUAGAUAUUUUAACAGCUUCUCACUGCUGGACAAAUAAGAAUGAGAUGCGUAGAAGACGGGAUCGGCGAGUAACGCCGAUAGAUUGUAGAAGUGCGGAGGUCGCACGAACGCGCUUUGCGUCUGGAAAAAAAAAAAAAAAAAAAACAAAGUAUAAAACUGAAAGUAAAUAUCCGAGCACUCGAACGUGCAAAAGAGAAUGAAUGAAAGUGACGCAUGUAACGCGACGUCCCGUCGUUCGCGACGAAAUAAUAAAAAAAGAUGAUGCCAGUUG